UCUGAUCUCAAGGUGCGUCCGAUCCCUGACACUCGUCGUAGACGCGCUGAGAACCGAGCAGGCUCUGACUGACGCAAACCAGACCAGACUCAUAGGAAAUUAGACCGAAUGCUAUCGUAGAUGCGUCUCUAAUAUCCUGCCAUUCCGCGUCAGGUUUUGCCGCCGCCAUGUCGCCGCUACGAAGAGUCGUCGGCAUUGCCGGCCUGCUAGCCGUCAUAAUAGUCGCUUACGUUCUCGGCCGGCCGGUAUACUGGAGCUUGGAAGGCCGGUGGAGGGAUUUUCGAGAAUCGCAAGCUGACGAAGCGACCAAUGCGGACCAGCAAGCUUCUACACCAGGCACCAGUGAAAGCAGCAGCAGCAGCAGCAGCAACAACAUUGUAUUUGCUUCUAACAAGCUGCGUCCAGCCUCCUUUUCAACACCAGAAACAGAAGGCGGCCGAAACGAAGCUGCAUCAGCAGCAUCGGCAGCAUCAGGAUUGUCCGAAUCAUCAACAGCAGCAUCAGAAGCAGAAGUAGGGGAAGGGAUAUCUGGAAAAGUGGAGCAGACCCAUAUGGGAACAGGGGAGGAGGGGGGAGGAGCUCAGACCCAGGAGGACGGCGAGAGGAACAAUUUCCUGGCAGCACAGAACCUGGGGGGAAGCAGCAAGGCCCUGAGUAAGAACAACACGGAUGUUCCUGGCGAUGGCAGCAGCAGCCUGAGCAGCAUCGGCAGGAACGGGAUGGUCAACGACGCGUCCGCUGCUCUGGCUGCUGCUUCUGACGAUGCGAUAAAGGCUGUUUCAGCAGCCUCUGUAACAGCCAGUGCCGCUGGUGGCGAAACGUCUGAAGCAGGUUCCGAAGAAGCCAGUGCUGGUGCUGGUGGUGGUGAAACUUUCGCUCGGGGGGUUCGGCCAAUCAUACACGAGGGGCGGCCGUUGAUUCCGGAGCUGAAGCGGCCCAUCUGGGAGAAACCGCCGCCCGGUGGGAAGGUUCCGGGAAAGGAGGAGUUUGCGCUGCGCCGGGAGAUGGUGGAGUUUAGGGCGGAGGGGAACGUUGUGGUGGUGACGUUCGCCAACCAUGCUUUCAUGGACUUCGUGAUCAACUGGGUGAAACACCUGACAGAUCUGGGAGUGAAUAACAUCCUGAUAGGCGCCAUGGACACUAUGAUCCUCACUGCAUUGUACAACGAGGGAGUCCCUGUGUUUGACCUGGAGAGCGGCAUGAGCCCCGAGGACAGCGGGUGGGGCACGCCGGUGUUCCAUGCCAUGGGGCGGGAGAAGGUGACUCUGGUCAACGUGUUCCUGGCGAUGGGCGUAGAGCUGCUCAUAUGCGACACCGACACUGUGUGGCUCCGGAACCCUCUGCCCUUCAUCGCCCGCUACCCCUCAGCGGACGUGCUCACGUCCAGCGACCAUCUCGUCCGUUCUGUGGACGACGAGUCCCUGGAGAAAUGGCAGCAAGCACAGAGCGCCUACAACAUCGGCAUCCUGCACUUCCGCUCCACCGACCCCGCCAAGCGGUUAGCACGUGCAUGGGCGGAGCUGCUAGCAUCUGACGCCAAGAUUUGGGACCAGAACGGGUUCAACGACCUCAUGAGGAAGCACAUGGGGCCGGAUGUUUAUCCAGAAGCGAAGGACCAUGUGUUCUGGGCGUUCGACGGGAGUCUCAAGCUGGGGAUACUGCCUGUGUCCAUUUUCUGCUCUGGCCACACCUACUUCGUUCAGCACCUGCAUAAGGUUGUGGGCUUAGAACCGUACGCCCUGCAUGCCACUUUCCAGUUCGCUGGCACUCCAGGCAAGCGCCAUCGCUUUCGAGAGGCCAUGGCAUUCUACGACCCGCCAGAGUACUACGACCCGCCAGGUGGCAUCAUCUCAUUCGUCAAUGAGAUUCCCGAGGAUCUUCUGAGAGGCGGCAAUCACACUCUCCUAACACACUUCCGCCUCGUGAACCACCAGCUGAAAGGCAUUCGGGCUGCUCUCGCUAUCGCCACCAUCCUCAACAGAACCCUGGUCAUGCCGAGCACGUGGGCACGCUUCGAUCGCAUCUGGUACCCCCAUAAAGGCAUCCUCGAUAACACUGCAACACCACAGCCGUUCCUCUGCCCACUCGACCAUAUCCUCAAUGUGGACAGGAUGCUUCCCGGAAAGCUCCCAGAAGAGGAGUUUGGACCAGCCGUGCCCUUUCGAGAGUAUUCUUUCCUUGACAACCCUCGCGUGCCGAAGGAUCUCCGAGCAUCCAAGCUCUCAGUGCGCCUCUGCAACAGCACCUCUCCCGAUUGCCCUGCUGAAACGGACACUCAGAACUUGCCAGCUGAUACUCACACUGGCACGCUGGUGUUGAGGAGAGGGAUGCGAGAGAAGCAGAUAAGGGAGACAUUUGAAGGGUAUUCUCUAGUGAAGUGGAUCGAAUUCAGUUCCAUGGAGGGCGUGUUCGGUGGAUGGGAUGACAAGGAGCUUGAGAAGAAAUUCAGAUGGAGACUGCGGCAUUACACUGGCAUAUGGUGUUGUGUCCACGCGCAUCCAGGUCACAUUUACUACAACUUCUUUUGGGAUGAGGUGCCUAAUUGGAAACCAAGGCCUCCUGAAAAUGCAUCAGAAGACCAUCCUGCAUGGGAAUAGCUGUUUUUUCCUCUGCGUGUGAAGUUCUAAAAGUGGUUCAUCGACCUUAGAGAGGGCAUACAUAUGCACUUUUAAUAUAUGUACUCACGCAUU